UUGAUGUUUCUGUUAUGUAAGAGUUUGGUCGCUUCCAAAUUCUCCUGAGGCGGACUGGUGUUUGGCAGCAAAUCUUUGUAUAUCUGUCAUGACCUUAGGGAUCUUAAGAUGACCUGUGCCCGGACUCCUCCGAAGCAAUUGUAGGAAGAGAGGAUAACAGAUCUGUGUUGUCAGCAAAGGAUGCAAGGAUGGUGUAGGCUGAUGGGACAUGUGCGGUAGAAAGGAGGUAAAGGAUCGAUCCAAGUACACUGCCCUGAGUUACUCCCUCUCCCAGAAAACAAUAAUUGGAGUAGCUAAAUAUCGGUUCAAAAGAGAGGUAAUGUAAAGGGAUGUCUCCUUGGAUUGGGUGCGUGUUGGCGGUGGUGAUAGGACUGGCGCAAGGGAGGCCCUACUCCGGCCCGACUUCCGAAAGGACACACACUCCGCCUCGGGCAGAGGACCUCGAUCCCAUGAUCGUGAAGACGAGGUCGGGCCUGGUCCGCGGCAUGGCGAAGUCCGUCCUCGAUCGCGAAGUGCACGUCUUCACGGGGAUCCCGUUCGCGAAGCCCCCGGUCGGACCGCUCCGGUUCAGGAAGCCCGUUCCCGUCGAGAACUGGCACGGGAUCCUUGACGCGACCACGUUGCCCAAUUCCUGCCACCAGCAACGGUACGAGUAUUUCCCUGGGUUCGAAGGCGAGGAGAUGUGGAACCCUAACACCAACAUGUCAGAGGAUUGCCUCUACCUCAACAUUUGGGUUCCGCAAAAGAUCAGGCUAAGGCAUCACAACGCCCAAGACAGAUAUAAUAAACCUAAGGUGCCGGUGUUGAUCUGGAUCUAUGGAGGUGGAUACAUGAGCGGUACUGCAACAUUGGACGUCUACGAUGGAUUGAUGGUAGCUGCGACCAGUGACGUCAUAGUUGCAUCAAUGCAGUAUAGAAUAGGUGCUUUUGGUUUUCUUUAUUUGGAACCUCUGGUAAAGACUGGAAGUAAUGACGCCCCCGGAAACAUGGGGCUUUGGGACCAGGCGAUGGCGAUCCGGUGGAUAAAGGACAACAUAGAGAAUUUCGGGGGUGAUCCUGAACUCAUCACGCUUUUCGGCGAGUCUGCAGGAGGGGGAUCGGUGUCGAUUCACUUGAUAUCUCCGGUGACGAGAGGGUUGGCGAGGAGGGGCAUAAUGCAGAGCGGCACGAUCAACGCCCCGUGGAGCUUCAUGACCGGGGAACGGGCCUUGGAAAUAGGAAAAAUCCUCGUCGAAGAUUGCGGCUGUAACGUCUCUCAGCUGGCUGAGAGCCCGUCUCGUGUGAUGGCCUGCCUUCGGGCCGUCGACGCCAAGUCGAUAUCGGUCCAUCAGUGGAAUUCCUACUUCAGCAUCCUCAACUUCCCCUCGGCACCGACCAUCGACGGCAACUUCCUGCCGAAGCACCCUCUCGAGCUACUCGCGGAAGGAGAUUUCCCCGAGACAGAAAUCAUCAUCGGAAGCAACUUAGAUGAAGGAACCUACUUCAUGCUCUACGAUUUUAUAGACUAUUUUGAGAAAGAUGGACCAAUUUUUCUUCAGAGGGAUAAAUAUUUAGAUAUUGUCAACACUAUUUUCAAAAACAUGACCACCUUGGAGAGGGACGCGAUUAUAUUUCAGUACACCGACUGGGAGAAAGUGAACGACGAGCAUUUGAACCAGAAGAUGGUCGGCGAUAUCAUAGGCGACUAUUUCUUCAUCUGCCCGACAAACCAAUUUGCUCAAAUGUUCGCGGAACACGGCCUCAAAGUCUACUACUACUUUUUCACCCAGAGGCCGAGCACGAGUCCUUGGGGCGAAUGGAUGGGGGUGAUGCACGGCGACGAAGUUGGCUACGUCUUCGGCCACCCUCUCAACAUGUCGCUCUCGUACAGCGCGAGAGAAAGAGACCUCAGCCUCAGGAUAAUCGAGGCUUUCUCGACAUUCGCCCUCACAGGUAAACCAGUGCCGGAGGAUGUUAAUUGGCCCCCUUACACGAAAGAACAGCCGUACUAUUAUGUUUUCAAUGCUGAGGACAUGGGCAUUGGGCAUGGACCGAGGUCGACCGCUUGCGCUUUUUGGAAUGACUUCUUUCCGAAGCUUAAAGAGACCCCGGGUGAAAAUUGUGGUUGUGAUAAAAGCGAACCGAUUUUAGAUGUAGAAUUAGUACAGAACAUGUCGAUGGGGAUAAUGUUGAAUCGGGGCAAUUCGGAAUCACCUUGGAUCAGUCUCGUUUUUGGAUUAAUCGUUGCGUUGGCGGCUGUUUAGAGCGAUGAAAAAGCAAAAACAUGCAUAAUUCUAUCUAUGGCGAUCUUAGUGGAGCACAGCACGCAUAGGCGUAGCACGAAUAGGCGAGUGCACUAGGCUUAUGCCAUUCCUCGCAUUGAAAGCUGCUUUUGCGAGGCAAUCAAUACAAGUUUAGUUAAUUAUUUUACAAGGGAAAUAUAUUAUUAGAUAAAAGAAAUCUAAAUUUUUCAUAUAAAUAACAGUCUUUUAAUAUGGAUAUUUUGUAAAUUUUGUGAUAUUUUACAUAUCAUGCGUGAGGUUUUGUAUUUUAGCGAGAAAGCAAGGCAACCACUGUGAACACUCUAAUCUGAAGGGAUCUUACCUCAUUUGUACCUAUUCAUAUCAAUCAAGGAUUAAUUAAACAAAUAAGUAAGUAAUUAAAUAUCUAAAGUACAUAAAUAAAUUUAAAAGAAAGAUCCAUGGGUUUUAUAUUUGUAUAAGUCUAUGUUAAACUCAUCAAAUAUUUUUAUGAAUGUAAAAGAAAACAUAUCAGUAUAAAGCAUAUCAAUAUACAUAUCUGAUUAGAAUUUAAGUAACUGUACUUUUAAAAAAUUAGGUAACAAUAGUCCAUUUCCAGGGUAAAAGAAAAUUUGAUAAAAUGUGAGAUCUAGGUAUGUCAAGGUGUUUCUGGUUUAAUCGAUACAUCAUUUCAUUUGUACCUCUGACAAGUUAGUUAAAUAAUGCUAAAACUUAUAAGUGUUAGUGAAAAAUAAAAUAUCGAGUAUAGAAAAAAAAAAACUAUCUUCUUCUUCUACUAUACUUGUAGAGGACUGUUAACAUAAUUUAUGUUUCACGCUUUGUACUAUACCAUACUCCCAAUACAUUCAUGCAGAUUUUGGAAACCUAUCAAAAAUAUUUUUUUUAUGUAUUUGUUUGUCGAAAGACAAACAUUUAGGAAAGAGGUUGUUGUAUUUUACAUGGUACAAUUGAGUCCAGGGGAAAUUAAUUUUAAACUUUAGAUCUUAGUGCUAUAAUCCAAAAUCUGCAAAAUUAGAAUUGCUCACAGUUAGUUAUAAAAUUGUCCACUUUAACAUGGUAUAAUAUAUGCCUAAUUAAUUGUAGGGAUCAUUCAGGACAAUCUGGUACCAUUUAACAAUAACUAAUUAGCUCAAUUCUCCAGUACUGUGCUUUUACUAAUAGAAAACAAUUCUAAAAUUUAAAAAAAAUUAAAAGAAGAUUUAAAAUAUAAUGGAAUUAAUAUGUUAAAUUGAUUUUUUUUUCUUUCAGUUGCAAGUGUGCAAAAACUAUUUUUUAUAACUGCUCUUUAUAACAGUUGAAAAUCGAAUUUUCCCUUCGUUUCACGACCUAAUGAGGCCUACUUUCCUUUAAGCCUGAUUUUUUGUUUAUUUUGAACUUUAACUACUUUCAACUGAUAUUUUUCAUUGAAGCCCGGAUGCCAGUAAUGUAAUAUUGCAGUGGAGUCCAGUAUUGUAUUAAAACUAUUAUAUAUAUUUAUAUAUAUAUGUUCACUUCGUCCAUAUAAAUGUACGGUUUAAUGGGACAUCGUCGUCUACUCUUUCUUGUGCUAUGUUUCAUUCUUGAAGGAGUCACAAAAGAAUUCUAUUUUCCAUUGAAAUAUAACAAAAUGAAAACUACACAAAAAUAAGCGUUAGUCCUGACUCAUAAAUUAUACAGAGAUUUGUUUUCCCAAAAGAACCAAAUGAAUUCGCACAAUAAGUAGGUUUUCAAUGCGUACAGUCAAUUAGUAUUUUUGAAAGAAAAAAAUUGUAUCAACUUUAUUUAUAUAGAAAUCUCAUAAACUGUGUAACAAUCUAGUGCCUGUAGAUUCAUUGUCAUUGUUCAGCUAUAAUCCAACCAGUAUACCUAUAAUUUAAAAAAAUAAAUGGAUAGUUGGUAAUAUAAAAAAUACAUAUAUAUUUAAAGAAAUAAACUAAGCACUUAAAUAUGCUAUACGCUUGUAGAUAAAAUGUUUUAUUUGAUGAUAGAGUAUAUUUUCUUUAUGUAGAAUGAACUGCUGUACUACUUUUAUAAGCUGAAAUGUAAAUUUAAUUGUGAUGGAUUUAAAAAAUAAAAAAUAAGACGCAUUGCUUAGAUGGUAUGCAGGGAAAAGAAAUUGAUGUUUGUUAUACUUCUAAGAAUAAGAGAUAUCACAUAUCGUUGCUUAUUUUUGUUCUGCCCCUUAGGAAGUGUAUAAUGAAAAUUCUUAACAAAAUAUUUAAUUUAACCGAAAUGUUGUAUGUACCUUAAACAAAAGAUAGGCUAUUCGUAUGGCUUAUAGGUUUUGUGAUAUACUGUUUAAAAAAAAACAUAUCAGUUUCAAUUGUUGAUGGCACUUAAUCGUACCAUUUAACCGUUUAAUCAUUAAGCUGUAAAUGUGAAUAGGUGUAAGAUGUAAAUUUUCUCGUCAGGUUUUUCCCCCUUCGAGAAAUUAGAAUAUUCGAUAAUUUCAAUUGGAAAAAAAUUAUUAUUUAUUAUUCUUCUAUUUUUGUAAUUAUGUUUCAAUAAGGAAACUCUUUUGAGCCUGUAGUGAAAUUUUGUUUAAAAACAUAAAAUGCCAUUCUGAAUUUCUCUUAUUGUAAACUGCAUACAAUAAAUUAACUUGAUAAACUCCAAGAAAAUUUUCAAAUAUUUGUAAUUGAUUCUUUUGAUAGUAAAACUAUUGGAAAAUAGAGUAACUAUCGGUUCUUUUAAUUUCUUUAGGUGAUUAAAUAACAUUCUCGAUAUUUAUCUUCAUUAAUCUAAGUACAUUGUUGAAAGUUGAACUAAUUUCUCAUCGUCAAAUCGCAUUCAUUUUUCAACUGACUUGAAAUAAAAGAGUUUAUUAAUAAAUAAUAUGAAUUUGUAUAUAAAAAUUGGUCUUGGUUAAGUGAUUAACUACAAAAUUUAAA